AUUAGUCUCUUUCUUCUCUCACCGGCACCGAAUCAUUUUGGGGCACAGAAUCUUUUUCAAUUGUCGUCGGCUCCGCUGCCUCCAGCCGGUGCUCGCCGCCACACCCUCCGAUAAAGUGAAUCUCCAGUGGUGAUUAUGGACAAUCAGAUUAUAAGCUUGAAUUGGAGAUGUAAUUGCUUGGUUCAACAAUGUAGGACGCGGAAGUUACGCACUUUGAGUGUUCCGAAGGCUGCUUCUUUUCGUACUUCUUAUUCUACCGGAGGAAUUUUGGGCAAAGACAUGAAGUGUUCAAUGAAGUCUUACAAGUUAUCUGAACUUAAUCAGGAUGCUGUCACUAGUCUAAAGGCCCGUCCUCGUAUCGAUUUUUCUUCAAUAUUUGGUGUGGUCCAGCCCAUUGUUGAUGAUGUUCGAAAAAGAGGUGAUGUUGCAGUUAGAGACUAUACUUCAAAGUUUGACAAAGUUGAACUCAACGAGAUCGUUGUUGGUGUCUCUGACCUGCCAGAGCCAGAGCUUGAUGCAGCUGUCAAAGAAGCAUUUGAUAUAGCUUAUGACAAUAUAUAUGCAUUUCAUGCUGCCCAGAUAUCGGCUGAGAAAAAUGUUGAAAAUAUGCCUGGGGUUAAAUGCAAACGUGUGGCAAGAAGCAUUGCUUCUGUUGGUCUCUAUGUUCCUGGGGGAACUGCUGUUCUACCUUCAACGGCUUUGAUGCUCUCUAUUCCUGCCCAGAUUGCUCGUUGUGGUACUGUUGUUCUUGCAACACCUCCCAGUCAGGAUGGCAGCAUAUGCAAGGAGGUGCUCUAUUGUGCGAAGAAGGCUGGUGUGACUCACAUUCUUAAGGCAGGAGGAGCUCAGGCUAUCUCUGCUAUGGCUUGGGGGACAGAAUCUUGCCCUAAGGUGGAGAAAAUUUUUGGCCCUGGUAAUCAAUAUGUAACAGCCGCCAAAAUGAUUCUUCAAAAUAGUGAAGCGAUGAUCUCAAUUGACAUGCCUGCGGGCCCUUCAGAAGUUCUGGUUAUUGCUGAUAGAUAUGCCAGCCCAGUUCAUAUAGCAGCAGAUCUGCUUUCCCAGGCGGAGCAUGGCCCUGACAGUCAGGUAGUUCUUGUAAUUGCUGGUGAUGGUGUGGAUCUUAAAGCUAUUGAAGAAGAACUCAGUAAACAAUGUAAAAGUCUUCCAAGGGGAGAGUUUGCUUCAAAAGCCCUGAGCCAUAGUUUUACUGUGUUUGCUCGUGAUAUGGUUGAGGCGGUCUCUUUUUCAAACUUAUAUGCACCUAAGCAUUUAAUAACUAAUGUCAAGGAUGCAGAAAAGUGGGAGAGUUUCAUUCAGAAUGCAGGUUCUGUCUUCUUAGGGCCAUGGACCCCAGAAAGCGUAGGAGAUUAUGCAAGUGGGACAAAUCAUGUUCUUCCAACCUAUGGUUAUGCACGGAUGUAUGGUGGAGUUUCACUUGACUCGUUUUUAACAUACAUGACUGUACAGUCUUUGACAGAGGAAGGUUUGAGAAAACUUGGUUCGUACGUCAAAAAAAUGGCCAUAAAAGAGCUGUAACUCUUAGAUUGAAGGAUAUUGAAGCCAGGCAGAUCUCAACUUCAAGGUGAUUGUCUAGAUACCUUAUUAUGUAGUACCUACUUAUGGAAAAUUCGAAUUUUAGAUUUUGACUAUUCAUCAUGGAACCGUAACUACUUUUUUGGUUGCUCUGGUUGUUAUAAGAUAACACAAACCUGGAAACAGAUAUGAGAUUAAUUAUUCUUGAACCUUGAGAUGCAUUGAGGGAAUAAACACCAUUAGAA